AUGUCACAACAGUCAAAGAAGAACGCGGAGCAUAUGGAGUGGGAACAACAGGAGGGAGACGGAGGAAACAACCGUGGAAGCAAAGGAAUCGUUGAAGAAGGAGGAAAGUGGGGAGACGGGCUGGAACCGGAAGAACAGGAUGUGCUGGAAGCGGCGGAAAAGUCGAGGAAGAGUGCUGCAACUCUGGGAGACGGGAACUCGACGCAGGUAUCACUCAGAGAGAGAAAAAAGCUAGUGUUAGCGUUCGCUGAGUUUGUCGGUAGCGGUGAGAAGUUGAUGGAAGACAUGCGGGAACAGAUAUACAGAUAUACGAAUUUAACUGCGCGAGUGAGAGACGUGGUUCUGAAACCGGUGCAACAGUUCGUGGAACAACUAGCGAAGCGGCACAGAGAGCUAGACAGUGGGAAAUGGGAGAGAAUAGUUAUGAGAAUGAUGAGGGAUCACGGAAUUGAAAAUUUCAGCGAGUUGCAGGCAGCUAUUAGUGGCGCGGGUCGCAAAGAAAGAGUAGCAGAUGAGGAAGUGGAGAAAAGUGAUAAUGAGUGGAAAUUUUUGCAGGAAAAUUGGGAGCGCCAAAACGACGAGUUGAGACAACGAUUGGAGAAGGCCAGAGCCGAAGCAGAAGACUUGCAACUGCAAUUGGAUGCAGUCCAAAUAGAGAAAGAAGGGUGUGAGAAGGAAAUGGAAAGACUGGAAAGGGCAUGGAAGCUGGAGAGGAAAACGGCGAAGGAACUGCGGCAAAUGAUGGAGCAGUCAACAGGUAAAGAAAAAAGAGACCAGGAAAGAAGUAAAUUGGUGAUUCAGGAGCGCUACAGGAGGCCCGGAACACAAUCGGUCGAUUCGAGAGGAUCAUCGAGUGCAUGGCCAGAGCCAGAGAGCCAAAAGAGAGGUGAGGCGAAGAGAAACGGAAUUAUGGGAAGAAGGGAAAUAGAAAGUGAAGAUGGCUGGCGGAAAAAAGUAGAAGACUGGGAUUUCACAAGCGGCGAUUAUGUUGGUAUGCCUAGAGACAGUAUGGGAAGAGAGCGCGAGAGUGUGAAGCUCAAAGAGACAAGCGGUGCAAGGAAAGGGAAAAGUGAAACGGGCUCCAGUGUGUCGAAGGGAAGUAGCUCAAAGAUGAUACAGUGCCUAAAUAAGCUAAUGAGAGCGAACGUGUUGCCAGAGCCAGCGGUGUUUGAUAAGAAAGGAGAAGUAAAAGAGUUCAAACGGUCGUUUUUGUUGAAAUAUCGGCACGUGACUGAAAGGGAUGAAGAUUUGUUGGCAAUAUUGGAAGAUAAGUUUCUGAAAGGGGCAGCGAGAACACUCUUUAAGUCGCUUCCGAAAAGAUUCGAGCGUCCAAUUGAAGAGUUGUUCAAAGAAUUUGCUGAAAAGUUGAAAAGGAGACAGGGAGACAGAGAAGCGGAAGCAUACAAUGAGUUCGAAGAUUUAAGGCGAAGGCCGAGACAGCGAAUGUGGGAGUACUGUAUAGAAGUAGAGAAAUGGUCCCGAAUAGCGUUCCCAGAGAUGGAUGAGGAGACGUUGUCGCAGCUACGAGUGACGAAGCUCAUGAAGGCGUUGCGAGAUGACCAGAUGAUGCAGAAGCUCAUGAACAUGAAAAGACAUGAAGUUCCUAAGAGGGAACAAUAUGAGUUUAUCAAAGACAUUGUGCUUCAGCAAGAGAAUGAGGAUAACAGAAGACAGGGGUUCAGGAAAGCAGACAGACCAGCGAAGAGCGAGUGGCAGGGAAAAAAAAAGUCCGCAUAA